AUGGACGAAAAGUCAAUUACAUCAACUGCCAAAAAGAAGAAGAAGUUAAUUUAUAGACAAGAUCCAGAUGGUGUUUUCAGAUUAAAGAAAAUUGAUGAUAAUGAUUAUUCAUCAACUAACAAAACUCUUGAUAAAGAUGGAAUUAUCAACAAAAAAGAGAAUAUAAACAACUACUUAAAUGAAUUGAUCAAUUGUAGUUAUCAAAUCAUUAAAGAUUCAACGAAUAAUGAAACUGCUAGUAUUCAAAGUAGUGUUGAUGAUAGUAUCAGAUCAGGAAAAAAAAUAAGACCUACUUCAAAUUAUACUUCAUCAAAAAAUUUAAAUUUAAUAACACCUCCAACUACAGCUGAAUCUAUAAAUCAAUAUUCGGAUAUUCAUAGUCAUCAUCAAUUACCUUCAAAAUCUCCUACAAUUUCAAUAAAAUCAUUAGAUCAAGAAUCAAUUAAAUCACAAGACAAGAAAAAUAACAACAAAUUCAAAAAUUUAAUGAUAACAUUAAUGAAUAAAGCUUCGAGUUUUCAUGCUCCCAGUUUUUUAAUUGGUAUAUUAUUUGGUAUAAUAUCAUGUACUACAAUUUUCAUUUAUAAAGAAUUUUUUAUAAAAUUAACAAUAAUUUUAGUUGUUUUAGGUUUGGUGGGGGGUAUAAUUGGUUUAAUUGCCUUAUCAAUUUUCAUAUACUUCAAUUUAUUCAAUGUAAGAUCAAUUGGAAUAAUUAAUAAUGUACUACUGAAAUUUAUUAAAGCUGAAAAUAUUCCAAAUCAAGUUUCUGAUGCAACUUCAUUAAAUAGUAAUGAAAGUUAUGGUGAUCAAAGUAUAAAAUUUGAAAUGUCUGAGAUUCCACAACAACAAGAAGUUAGAGAUAAAAGAUAUCAUCAACCAAUUGAUCAACCACAACAACCUAAAUUACAAAAAAGAAGAUCAUCAAAUAUUAGAGUUACACCAUAUAGAUUUGAAAGAGGAUCAAAACCAUCCAGUUCUCACCAUCAUGAAAGUUCACCUAAUUUAUUAAAUAAUCCACAAUUCUAUGCGAAACAACAACCAAAAAUUCAAAGAGCUUCUUCUGAACCAGUAUCAAAAAAUAAAAAUAUAUUAAAACCUAAAUCUAGAAGUAAUUCAACUGAAAAUUCAUUUAAAGAUUUACCUACUUUACCAGCACAAGCAGAAGAAUUACCAUUUAUAAAUGAAGUUAAAUUACUAGAUUCAUUUGAUCAAGAAAUUGAAAAUAUUAUACCUUUACAACAAAAUCAAUAUAAUAAAAAUAAUGACAUGAUUAGCAGAAAUUUAAGUAAGAAAAGUGUUUUAAAUACUAGAGAAAAUUAUAAAAAGUUCUUAGCUAAUGUUGAUGAUUAA